AUGUCGCUAACGAAUUAUUAUUCCAUGAUGGGGCUCCAGACUGAGGAGCCGUACGGUGCACAUUUCAUCCCGGGAGGCUUGCAGGGGUCGACGGCCGGCUGCGCAAAGCCAGCCCGGGGAGCGGAGGAAGAGGAGGGAACCCCCGGCUCACACAUUCCGGAUUUUUCACAUUUUUCCAACAAGCAAUCGAGCUUAAACGGCUUUUCUCCCUGGACCAACACCUCUACUUCCUCUUCAUCCUCCUCCCCGCAGCUGCAGUCCACUCCGGGCGCCUCCAUCCCCGGCGUUUUUCAUCCACAUCACCUCCUGAGCCACCACCACCCAUACUACGGCCCGCAGACCCAAACUCACGCCGAACACCUCGCAUCCUCGGCCGCCUCCGAGAGCAGAUUCGUCCGCUGUUGGGAAGGGUCCACUCCCAGCUCAGAGACCCCUCUGGCACAUGCGUCGGCCGGUUUUCCCGGGUGUCUCCCGGCUCAGGGUGACCUCUCCAAUCCGAGCCCGAGGUUCGAGGCGGUUAAACCCGAGAAUUCACCGCCGUCACGCGAUAGCUCCGCGGAUUCCAGCUUCGCCAGCACGACCGAGGUGGUCCUCGAGCGGCUGGGGACCGUGGAGGAGCUGGGAAGAAAGCCGGAGCCCAAAAAAGAGGAGGAGGAGAGAAAAACACAGCAACAGCCUGACAUUGAAAAUCCAUCAGCUAGUUGGAUCCAUGCCAAGUCCACCCGGAAGAAAAGGUGUCCGUACACCAAACACCAGACCCUGGAGCUGGAGAAAGAGUUUCUCUACAACAUGUACCUGACCAGGGACCGGCGCCUGGAGGUGGCAGGACUCUUAAAUUUGACAGAGAGACAGGUCAAAAUCUGGUUCCAGAACAGACGGAUGAAGAUGAAGAAGCUGAUGACCCGGGAGAGGAGGAGUAUGAAUGAAUGA